AUGUAUAAAUGUAAUUAUCAAAACUACAGCACUGGGUGUCCGGUCGACGCGGCACAGGUGUGUCGUGGGUUCAGGUGUCGGUGUAAUGAGAGUUAUCCCAUAGAAUGGUUGGGACAAUGCCUACCCUGGGUAUCGGUGAACGGCCCGUGUUUUACAUCUAAACAGUGCUCGGAAUGGGACACAAACUCCCGGUGCUAUACCAUUGAUGACCGGUUCCAGUCGGGCACAUGUCUGUGCCUUCAGGACUAUUACUACGAUAACAGCACUUGUGUUGACUCGUGUGUUAAACGCGUGGCUUUCGGCGAAUGGUGUCCUGAGAGUGACCACUGUUUUCACGGCAACAGUGUUUGCGAUAACACAACCUAUUGGUGCCGCUGCGGCCAUAACUACACGUAUGAUUUGUCAGUCAAUCGGUGUCGACAUAACAACAGCUACGGGUGCGCCGAAGACCAGGAGUGGGUCGAGUCCAGAGGUCAAUGCGUGGCCAAACACCCCUAUAUGUCAGUGGCCAUACGAAUACCAUCAAUAAAAAUACCGGCCGUACGGGUGGGCGGAUUUCGCGGUGGGGGCAAGAUUGGGACUGUUGGUGGUGGUAGUCGAGGGUCUGUACAGGGGUUCCGGCCAGUAGUAGUGGGCGCGUACGGCCACCGCAGUUAUAAUACGGAAGACUGCGAUUCUGAUAAUGAUAGUAACAAUAGUCAAAUUACUGGCAAUGGUGUUCAAACUGGGUCGACAAAUAUGACUGACAAUCGGUACAACACAAUCUCUGGCCAGCGAUUCCCGAAGGUCUACCCAAUCGAGUGCGUGGAGUACACUCUGGACUACAAGCCGGUAGCGGGCGAUCGCAUACUACUAACCAUCCCUCGAUCGGGCACUUUCUGGACCCAAUACGUGGUCAUGUGUUUGACGAGCGGCGGACGAGUGGCCGACAUAAGCGCCGCUGAUAUCGACCAAUGCUUUCUCGAGGCGAACGGCCCCCGAGCGCGCACACCCACCGGCCAUUUGACCGGCGCUGACAUCACUUUUCUAUGCACUCAUUGCGUGGAAGUGCUGUCCAAACGGGAAACUCCGGGCGUUGGGUAUCUACUGGUGAUCCGCAAUCCAAAAGACGCGUUGGUAUCCCUGUAUCGCAUGCUGAGCCAGGUUUACAGCGGAGAUCUGGAUUUCGGACACUUUCUGGCCGAUUAUUUGGCCGCCCGG